GGUUGUCGGUUAAAUUCCAUAACACCUAUUUAUUUCUAAACAUAAAAUGUCUCAAUCACAAUUCUCUGAUUCUAAAUACGUAUGUAACUUUUGCUUGCGGCACGCUCACGUGAAUUUGUACGUGUUUAGCAUCAAAAAAACUAUUUUAUAUGACGAAUUCAAGAAGAAGAAUAUUUGCGACGAUUGCUUCAAAGCACAAUUGACGUCUUUAUGGGAACGUCCGGAUCCAAAGUACUUGGAACUCCGCGAAGUCGUAAUCCGACGUAUUCCACAGUUCUCUACAAAUUACAUCAACAGCACCGGCUCAUUGCGUAUUAUGGGAAAAUUGAUUAAACUGAGCGAGCACAUAGAUGCUUCACAUGAUGGCGGUUCAGCACCGAAGAGGAUCAAGUUAGAUAGCACAAAUGAAAGCGGAAACACUACAACUCUUGAGUCGUGUCGCGGAACUCUGGUUGGAGGAGGACCACCAGCUAAAACAAAACAAGUAUUUUCACAACCAAGUGAAAGCGAUUCUCAAAGCCAAUCUCAGAGCCCAUCCAGCUCUCGACUGAAUACAAGCCGUGGAAAUCGAUCACACAACCAGACACCAGUUGCUCCAAAUCCAUUCGAUUUUCCAGAUGCAGAAAGUGAUUCCAGUGACUAUGACGAGGAUCUGCCUGCAAGACCUUUACCGGCCUCAAAUCAGAACCGGCGGCGCAAACCCGCACCUAUUUCAGCUGGAAUUGCACCUCGUCAAGUUCCCCGUCAGCGAACUCCACAACUUGAUGGUCUACGAACCAUUAGUGGUUAACCAAAUAGUUCAUGUUAUUUUUUGCCAUUCUCUAAUCGAAAAAAGUCAAUGUUAUGGGAAAAAACAGAGAAUCAUCUACCAAAGUUACUGAGUAAACUUUCUUAAGAUUCAUAAAUACUCUUUUUUUUUAUCAAUAUUCCAAUUUUAUUUUACUUUUCUUGCAAAGUCAGUGUUUUUCUUUCUUAAAUGAAAACGUUUCCCUCGUUGAGCCAGACAGUAUUUGAAAUAAAAUAAAAUGAGUUUUUAAGCUAAUAUGCAGAUGUAAACAUUUUUAAUCAUUUGUUUAAAUUAAAAUAGAAAUUAUAUAUAAUAAAAAAAAA